AUGGACAUAGCUUUAGGACAGAGAUUGUCUGCGUGCAGGCGAGCAAGUUCUAAAAUAAAAUCAGAGCGAGGCAUAUAUGUGAAGCAUUUCAAAAACAUUCCCAUGGCCGAUAUGGAAAUUGUCCUGCCAGAGAAAAAGAAUCCAGGUUUAACUCCAAUGGAUUGGGUUAAAUUUCUUAUAUCUGCAGUUGUAGGACUGGUCGCUGUUGUUGGAUCUGUUGAAAUGCCCAAAGCUGACCUGUGGGUGAUUUUUGCUAUUCUUUCCACAAACCUAAUAACUCAAUCUAUGUAUGACAAGCAGUUGGAUAGUGGAAGGGGCACUCUUCUUCACUUGUGUGAUGACGUAAUUCAGCAAGAAGUGAAAGAGGUCAUAAUUUCAUUUUUCAUAUUGAUGGAAAACGGGAAAGCCACUUUGGAG